UUAUUACUUGAAUUCUCUGUACAAGGUUUCAAUCAUGGCAAAAACACCAGAACUGACGCCCGACGACCGACCGACUGGAGCUAUAACAAUGUAUAGAGAUGCACCACCAACUCACUUCUCAUUCACGAUUCGGUCAUUCUCGAUGCUCACAAAAACUUCAAUCGAGAGCUACGAAACCAAUCAUUUUGAAGCUGGUGGUUACAAAUGGAAGUUGUGUUUGUAUCCAAAUGGAAACAAGACUAAAAAUAUCAAAGAUCAUAUUUCUCUAUACUUGGUAAUGGUAGAUACAAAUUCACUAAACCCAGGGUGGAAUGUCAAAGUGGUUUUCAAGAUAUUCUUGUAUGAUCAAUACCAAGACAAGUACUUGGCAAUGGAAGAUAGCAACACAAGGAGAUUUCAUGUAAGGAAGACGGACUGGGGAUUCGACCAAUUUAUAGCUCAUAAAGCUUUUAAUGAUCCUGCCAAUGGUUACCUUGUGGACGAUGUAGCCGUGUUUGGAGCCGAGGUGUUUGUUUCUAAAGAGAGUUGUAAAGGCAGAGAAGAGCACCUUUCAAUGAUAAAAGGAGCCGUUGCUUUUAAACAUUUCUGGAAGAUUGAAAACUUUUCGAAAGCCCAGACCGAAUUUUUGGAGUCUGAAGCAUUCAUUGCCGGGGAUCACUCAUGGAAAGUCAGGCUCUUUCCUAAAGGAAGUGGAGAGGGCAAAGGAACUCAUCUUUCUCUUUACUUAGUUUUGGCUGAGGAUCCUGCAAAGUUGCAGGUUACACGAAAAGUAUACGUAGAAUUCAUCUUACGCGUAAAACACAUAAGCGACGGAAGAUCUAUACAGAACAAAGUAAUCAGGUGGUUCGGUCCAGGCAAUAGUAAAGGUUGGGCAAAGUUUCUGCAACUUACGUACAUGACUCAACAAGGAUUUCUGCAAAGAGAUUCAUGCAAUGUUGAAGCUGAAGUUACUGUACUUGGAACAGUCGAUUAAUUACUAUUCAAUCAAAUGCGAUACAAUUUGUAACCUCAUCAUUGUUAUCUUAAUCAAGUGUCAAAAUUUGUAUUAUGCAACUAAAACCGUUUACAUCUACGUUCUAUUUAACAAAGAUUUGUAUAAACUAAGCCGUACAAGCUUUUCUUA